AUGGAAUACCUAAGCAGAUUAUUGAAUCAACUAAAGAAUCAGGUAGCUUUCAAAUAUCACCCUAGAUGUGCAAAGCUAGGGAUAACUUACCUUAGCUUUGCAGAUGAUUUGCUUUUGUUUGCUAGGGGUGAUUUUGAGUCUGUAGUGGCCCUACAUCAGUGCUUCACUCAGGUCACGCAGGCUUCAGUCUUACAGACUAACCUAGAUAAGAGUUCUGUAUACUGUGGGGGUGUAGCAAUGGAAGAGAGAACAAGAAUUCUAGCCUUUUUGAAAUAUACUGUGGGUGAGUUGCCUUUCAAAUACCUUGGGAUCCCAUUAUCUACUAAGAAAAUAUCUGUGUCACAAUGGCAGCCUCUGAUUGACAAGAUUAUAACUAAAAUCUCUUCGUGGACAUCCAAAAAACUAUCGUAUGCUGGGAGAAUUCAAUUGGUACAAACAGCCAUUUUUGGUAUGCAAACAUAUUGGGCAUAG